CUUACACUUACACCUAUUAAUCUGAUAAGAAGAGAAUGAGACUGAGGAGACCACAGAUGUAUCCAUGGAGGGGACAGAGUCGUUUGGUGGAGAACUUUGAAGAACUUUGAUCUGCAAUCAAGAAUUUUGAAGUACAUUUAAGCGCUUUGACCGACUGUCGCCCUAUGUCAGCUGAGAUUGGCACAGUGCGGAGGAAUAGGUGUUAGAAGGUGGAUGAACCUGCAUUGAAGAAGGAUGAGACUGAGGAGAUAAGGAUGAGAGGAGCCUUUAAACUGUGGAGAGAAGUAUCUAUGUGUACAACUUGCCAGCGAUUACAAGUAGAAGACGAUGAAGAGUGACAACAUAACGGGCUGCUCUGGGAACUUCAAUCUUGAAGCUUAAAAUAUCUGUUGGCCCGUACGGGGAUCGAACCCGCGACCUUGGCGUUAUUAGCACCACGCUCUAACCAACUGAGCUAACCGGCCACCGUAUGUGUCCCCAUGACUAUACCCAAUUUCUAAAACAUACAACUACUCCGAGUUAACAUUUAAUCAUAUAGUUUAUUAACUAUCUAACAGCGCGCGUGUAUAAGUUUACCUCGCCGUCGUAACGACAGAAGCUGUCUUUCUUUACAAAUGGGCACCCGCACGGUCCGUUGCCAUAGCGACCCUGUAGAGAGGGCGAGACUGGUCACGUGACCCAACAAGAUGGCGACCACAAUGCAGAAUGGAUGUGAAUGAUUUAAACUAAGCGGGUCCGUUUUGCUGGGAAUUUGGAUCUGCUGAUUAAUUGUUCCUCACCAUUAUCAUCAUCAUCAUAUCAGAGCGUCAAGAUGGCCCUGAAUGUGUUUGAUCAUGAUGAAUACAGACCACCAGUGUGGAAGUCUUAUUUAUACCAACUCCAGCAGGAAGCACCUCACCCACGCCGACUCACCUGCACCUGUGAGGUGGACAACCGACCUAAAUACUAUGGCAGAGAGUACCAUGGGAUGAUCUCAAGAGAAGAGGCCGACCAGUUACUGAGUCAGGCUGAAGGCAGCUACCUCAUCAGAGAGAGUCAGAGACAGCCAGGCACAUACACGUUGGCUCUAAGAUUUGGGAACCAGACGAGAAACUUCCGUCUCUACCAUGACGGGAAGCACUUUGUCGGGGAGAAGAGGUUCGAGUCCAUCCAUGACCUGGUCACGGACGGUCUCAUCACGCUCUACAUAGAGACAAAGGCGGCGGAGUACAUCGCUAAGAUGACCAUAAACCCGAUCUACGAGCACGUGGGCUACACCACUCUGAACCAGGAGCCCACUCUGAAGAAACACCUGCCACAAAGCCCCGAGGCUCCUGAUGGACCUGCUGCGGUCAAAGAUGACUGCAAUGCAGAGGAGAGGGUGAGAACACUCGCUCUCCUAUGUCAUCUCACGUCCCUGGUGCGGCGGGCGACGCUGAGGGAGAGCGACUUGGCGCCCAAGUAUGAGAAGGUCCACAACUUCAAGGUUCAUACGUUCAGGGGGCCUCACUGGUGCGAGUACUGUGCCAACUUCAUGUGGGGUCUCAUCGCUCAGGGAGUCAAGUGUGCAGACUGCGGCUUGAACGUCCAUAAGCAGUGCUCCAAAGUCGUGCCCAACGACUGCCAGCCGGACCUGCGGCACGUCAAGAAGGUGUACAGCUGUGACCUGACCACGCUCGUCAAAGCCCACAACACCAAGAGGCCGAUGGUGGUCGACAUGUGCAUCCAGGAAAUCGAGGCUAGAGGUCUUGAGUCGGAGGGUUUGUACAGAAUAUCAGGCUUCAGCGAGCUCAUCGAAGACGUCAAGCUGGCGUUUGACCGAGACGGAGAGAAAGCAGACAUUUCCUCAAAUGCUUACGAGGACAUCAACAUCAUCACGGGAGCCCUUAAACUCUACUUCAGAGAGCUGCCCAUCCCCCUCAUCACAUACGACGCCUACCCACGAUUCAUAGAAACCGCAAAGGUCUCAGACCCAGAGAAACGGCUGGAGUCUCUCCACGAGUCCUUGAAGCUGCUGCCGCCGGCUCACUGCGAGACUCUGCGAUACCUCAUGGCUCACCUCAAGAGGGUGACCCAGUGCGACAAGGACAACCUGAUGCCCAGCGAGAACCUGGGCAUCGUCUUUGGCCCGACACUGAUGAGGGCCCCCGACCUGGACGCCAUGACGGCACUCAAUGACAUACGAUAUCAGAGACUGGUGGUGGAGAUGCUUAUUACCAAUGAAGACGUGCUGUUCUGAGAGGAAACGAGGGGUAAUAUUCUUCUUCUGAGGAGGAGGAGGAGGAGGAGGAGGAGGAGAGGAAGGACACAGAUGCUCAUACAGUGUGCACUGACUUAUUGUGGACAGAUGAAAAUGAAGGAGAAACAUGCACGAUACAUGAGCAGUGAAAGAGGCGGCGGUUUGCAAAGAUGAGACACUUGAGUGGAAGUGGAAGGACGUUUGAAUGAAGUUAAACUUAAUAAAUAAAACCAACUUGAAGCUUUUACAAAAUGUAAUGUUACAACUUCACAAAAAGGUUUAAAGAAUCAUUCCCUUUCUUUGUGGAGGAAAGAGAAACACUGCGAUCCAACCUCAUGUUCAUAUCUUCUUUCUUCUUAAAUGGAUGCCUUGACUUUUUAUAUAUAUAUAUAUAUGUAUAUAUAUAUAUGUAUGUGUAUAUAUAUAUAUAUAGUUAGCCGUCCUCACCCUGCUUAUUUGGGGGGAGACUAGAAAGAAGAUCAGCCAUCGUUUUAAGAAGCUCUCCCCUCUGCAUUGGAACCAAUUGAAAAGUGCUGGUGAGGAGAAAGUGCCACCUAGUGGCCACUCAUUGUUUCAGUAGAAAAAAAAUGAAGAAGCGCCGCUUCCAAGUUAGUGUCAAACUGUGACUGUAAGAAGACGCAUCGUGUCCUGUUAAUCCUCUCCGGGACAGAGUAGAAGCCCUGGUGUAACAGUGAACAGCUGGAUGAAUGGACUAAUGCAUGAAUGGAUGAAGAAUGAAUGGAAAGUUUGAAUAACUCACCUGGAACUGAAGUGACUUGGACCUAUUGUGUUUGCAGUACUUUUUUUUUUGUUAAUUCUGUGCAGCUCUGAUGUGUAAUUAAACCCCAGCAACAUUAGUUUUACAGUUUUAUAACAUAGAAAAUCAACUAGGGCUGCAAUUAACCUUCAAUCGGUCAAUCUGUCCAUUAUUUUCUCGAUAAAUCAAGCACUUGUUUGGUCCGUAAAAUGUCAUAAAAUGUGGGAAAAUGACGAUUGUUGUUUACCAAACCUGGAAAUUAUGAUUUUCUCAAACCGAAAUGACUCUUGAUUUAAUGAUUUCUUUGUGAUAUGACGCAAAGAAACCAGAAAAUAUUCCCAUUUAAGAAGCUGAAAAAUCAGAAAGCUUGUUUUAAUUGUUGAAAAAAAAAAUCAAAAUAGUUGACGACGGCCCUAAAAUCAACGUCCGCUCCUCGUCGUGUUCUUUACAUAUCAUAAAAGCUUGAAAUGUUUACCAGUGUUGUUGCAGUGUAAUUACACUCAGUAUUGGAGCUGUAAAAUGAAUGAUUCCCCCUUUUUUUGUCACUGUUUCAGAAUCUAUUUGAUGUUCUCACGCUUCUCCACCUUCCAGCGUCAGGCUGUGCGAUGCUUGGGGAAAACCUCAGCGAUAAGUGUUAGUGGUCAUAUUUUACAGCAGGGCCAGAUUGUGACGUAAGAGCGUGCAUCAUCAUUGAAUUGAAACUGUGCUUUAUGUUGUUUUUGCUUUGGGUUUACGUACAUUUUUGUCAAAAAAAAAAAAAAAGCAGUAUUAUACUUGAGCAGUGUUACGAUGCAGAUGCCUGGAUGCAGCUACUACACGAAUAACUAAAUAAUUAUUGGCCUUGUUAAUUCAAAGAUAACUGAAUGUUGGAUAAUGUAAAAAUUUGAAUAUCGCAUCCCAUCCUGGAAAAAGUUUGGUACAAAAAGAUUAAUAGUGUUCAAGUUUGUAUGAGUAUUUGUAGUUUUUCAUCAGUGUAAUAUUCCUUCCCUGCUCAGUGUGCCUAUUGACGGGGAGGCCGUAACUGUGAAAUACUCAAGAGUUAAUAUUGUUUUCUCAUGAAUAAAACAAGGGACCAAUUAAAUAGGUUUUUGAUCUGCGGACUCUGCCUUGUACAGACAGAUUCUCCUACUUGAAAGUCAUCGUAAGCAAAAAUGUGAAAUGAUUGACAAUACCGAAAAGCAGUAUGUAAUGUGGGACAAUGAUGUGUUUGAAUUCUCUGUUUUCUGCCAUUUGGCUCCCCACUCCCUUGUCUCUAAAACACUCUAACACACACAUUUCUACACCCCCCCCAUUUCUGUCGGGGGGACCACUAACAACAUCUUACUAAUUAAUGUUCUUCAUUUGCAAAGCAGCGGCGACUUGCCACCACGCUGCAAGAUACACUUUACAAAGAGCUGUGAAAAAAAAAACACAAUCUUGUGCAUCAGUGUGGAGUUAAGUGUAAUAUAAGGGUUUUCUGUUUUAGUUGUUUAAUGGUGCUUUAUUUUUACUGCUGUGUUUGACCUUUAUGUUUAUUCAUUUCUUCAAUAACUAACUAGCAUCAGUUACAAAUCGUGAGCCCUCCAUCAUGACAUGUAUUUUUUUUUUUAAAUAAUUGUCACUGCUGUAAAGGAUUUUCUAUAUGGUUUAUGCAUGGUGGAAUUAAAUUAUUAAUUAUU